AUGUGGGACCAAAUUGGACGUGUUUGCCCUGAGGAAUUGCAGCCGAACAACAAAAAAAUCAAACAGAAUUCUGAUAGAAGAAAGCACAAUAACUAUACCAGCACACUUAAAGAACUGGCUGAGAUGUUGCCCAUUCCUUUGCGGACAAGCUACAAGAGGUUAACUAAGAAAGAAAUUCUUCUCCGAGUCCUUCAUUACAUUGAACACCUGCAGGCGAGCAUUGAUACGGCCAGAUCGCUAUUCCAGGUCCGUUGUGAGGAGCAAAAAGCAGGAAAAUCUGACCAGAUGGUGAUAUCUGCCCUAAAGAGAGGACGAAGAGAAACUACUCCACGGGCAAAGAAAACCAAGCCACUGGGUGUCUGCAAGAAACCCAGGAAGAGGAGACGUACCCGCAAAUCAGAACGGCAAGGAGUAAGCAAGAAAGCAUGCAAGUGCCUUGCUCUGGAGACUGGAAAGAGCUCUUCCCAAGCUCAUGAACACAAGAAGGAGAGCCUACAGGAACUGGUGUAUUACCAUUCCUCUUGUGAGGAAGAAGAGGAAGAAGGACCCAGAGCCAAUCCUUGGCUCUCAACCCAAUCCCCUGUGACUAUCUCCCAUGGGAGCAUGCAGCUGUGUUCCCCUGGGGUUGCAGCCCAAAGCAACAGUUGCUCGGAUUUGGGGCUGAGCCCUUCACUUUUCUCCUCUCCUGCUCGGCUACUUCCCAGGCACAUCCUCCAAGGUGGCCAGGAGGAACUUUCCCCAGUGUUGUUUGAAGACGUGUAUCUGUCCCCACAGUCUAGUAGUUUUUCUCAGUCACUUUCGGGAACCCUGUUAAGAAAGUCAGCAUUCACACUAGAUCACUGCUACCUUUCCUACAGCGAAAUGGGUAAAAGCGAUUCCAGCCCGGUGUCAAGAGUGAAUGAGACGGCAUCUUCAUGGAACAAACCAUUCCUUCAAGAGGCUGCCAUCAUCGGGCCUGAAUGCACUUUGUCCUCCAGUGAUGAGAACAGUGAUAGCACCUGGACACCAUGCAAGAGGGUGAAGCCAUCUCAGGUAGCCUGUCAGAAGAAGAAGAAGAAGAAAGUGGGCAGGAGGCAGAGGCGCCAGCCAGUAGCCUGUGAGAAACGCAGCAGCUCCUCUCCUCUGCAGCUGAAGAAGAAAUGUGUGAAUGGCUUUAUCAUGUUCUGCCGCCUGAACCGCAAGCACUUCAUCCGUGCUUGCCCAGGCAUGGCCUCCACAGCUGCCACGAGAGAGCUGGCCCAGCUGUGGCGUCUGAUGACGAAGCAGGAACGGAAGCCCUAUUGCAUGAAAGCCCGGCGAUUCAGCCGCCUAAACAAUCGCAUUGUGAGAGAUGACUUCUCCAGCGGGGAGGAGGAGCCAGAGCCGCCCAAACCAUUCCAUCUGCUGCUCGCUGAGAAGUCCCUCUCUGGCAUCCCGAAUUUUGGUGACUACUCUUUACUGGAACUUAUUCCCUGACUCUUCACACUGGAAUGGUCUAAAGAGCUAGGAAGCGACCUCAUGGCAACGCAGACCUUUGGUUCAGCUACCUGAAGAUGAU